UUGACUCGUUGCGGAAGCACCGAGCUCAUCGGCGGCCUGCUGUACACCAUCUCCGACAAGACCCGUCGCAACGGCCUGGAAAUGAUCUGCAAGAGCAACCGCUGCGGUUGCCCGUGCCUCCCGAUGGUGUCACCACAACUCCCACCAACGAGGUUGUAAUACGGAGGGUUGCAUCCAUCCAGCAGCCAUAUUGCACGGAGGCCAGUUUUACACGGAGGUCGACUGUCAUCGUCGAAAUGGGCUGCAAGAUAAAUGCAAGCUCUGUGGCAGCUGCUGGCCUUGAGCGUGUUCUUUGAUACCUUCCACGGAACCAGCAAACAUCCAUAGAGCUGCGCUACGGGCCCGCGCCGUCUGCCUCCGCACGGACCGCCGCCCGCCCUAGCGGCCCGACAGCAGCCGGCCUAGCGCACGACCCCCACUCCACCGCCUGGCAAACUCAAGACUCGCACAAAAAAAAGAAACUUCUAAACAAUGUAUAACGCAAAACAUCCAAAAGAAUAAACAUGCAGC